CAACGCGGCCGCAGAGCAUCGCCAACAUAUCCCACGCCAAAAAGGGCAUCAUCAGCACCAACGAGACAGACAGGGCCGUGUCAAUAUAGCGCCUCGGCUUCCUCCUACAGCUCGAAGAUAAUCGCCUUAGACAGCAUUAGAAGUCCAUCAAAAAGCUCUCUCGAGUACUCCGGCACAUCCACCGCCAUCUCCGCAAUAGCAAAACUCCCGGCGCCCACGCACAAGAGUAGGUUACCUACCUCCAGACAGUAA